AUACCACUCAAUUUAAAUCUAAUAACACAAUGAUGAGCAUGACUUGUCACUAUUCUCCCAUAUUAAGAGCAAAUUUUCUCAUCUAGUGCUAGUACCAACGCGCCAUGUGUCUAGUACUAGUGCUAGUGCUCCUGUCCCCCCUUGUGGCCCACAGUGCCAACAUUCUUGGUGUUUUUAUGUUUCCCUCCAUAAGUCACCAAAUCGUCUACCAACCAAUUUGGCGCGAAUUAUCCCUAAGGGGGCACAACGUCACCGUGGUGACCCCCGACCCCCUUAACGACCCCACUUUGACCAACUUGACCGAAAUUAGUGUCCGUUUCACUUACGAUUUUCUCAAAGAAAACCGCCUUCAAGACGUAAUGUCGAAGGACGCAAACCCGUUCCAAACCUUCAAGACAAUUUUCAAAUUAAUGGACAAAAUAUUAGAGGCGGAAUUGGAGAGCCCCCCAAUGGCGCAGUUAUUAAAAAGUGAGCAAAAGUUCGAUUUAAUCCUCUUCGAGUGCUUCCAUCCGGCGCUUUAUGGGCUUUCUGGGCGCUUCAAGGCCCCCAUUAUUGGUGUCUCGUCUUUGGGGCUCCUGACGGCGGGGUACGACGCCGUGGGGAACCCCACCCAUCCGGUGCUGUACCCUGAUGUCAUGCUCAACUUCCAUUCCAAGGAAUUGGGCAUUUGGGAGAAGAUACAGACAGUUUUUUUCAAUUUGUGGAGUCGGUAUUACUACCAUCAGGUCAUAACGCCCAGAGCCCAUGAGCUUGCGACCAAAUAUUUCGGGGAAGUACCGUAUGUGGGCGAUUUGGAGCGAAAUGUCAGUUUGUUUUUCCUAAAUGUUAACCCCUUUAUGUACGCUCCAAGGCCCAACGUGCCAGCCAUUGUGGAGAUGGGGCAGAUGCACAUCAAGCCCCCCAAGCCCCUGCCUGAGGACUUGAAAAAAAUUCUCGACAGUGCCCCCCAGGGGGCUGUCUACUUCAGCCUCGGCUCAAACGUCAAGAGCGUUAACAUCCCCGAAAAACUUCGCAAGACUAUUAUGGGGGCCCUCGCCCAACUCCCCUAUUUAGUGUUAUGGAAAUUCGAGGCGGACCAUUUGCCGGGGAAGCCCCCCAACGUGGUGAUCCGCAAGUGGUUGCCCCAACAGGACGUCUUAGCCCACCCAAAUAUUCGCGCCUUUGUGACACAAGGGGGCCUCCAGUCGACCGAAGAGGCCAUCUCUCGCAAAGUCCCCCUCGUGGGCAUGCCCUUCAUGGGUGACCAACCCAUGAACGUGCAAAAAAUCGUCGAUUUGGGCAUCGGUGUAGGCGUGGACCCAGCCACCUUGACCGAAGAUCAAUUGAAGAAAAGUAUAAUAGAAGUGGCUGAAAAUAAAAAAUACAAGAGGAAGAUGGAAGAAGUGAAUGAAAUUUUGUUCGAUAAACCCAUGUCUGGGUUAGAGAAGGCCGUUUAUUGGUCGGAAUAUGUGAUAAGACAUGGGGGCACGAGACACUUGAGGAGCCCCACAGCUGAUAUCUCGUGGUUUGAGUACUUGCUGGUUGAUGUCGUGGGUGUUUUAGUCGCCAUUUUGGCCGCCAUCUUGUAUGCGAGCUACAAGCUGGCGCAGCUUUCCAUGGAGUUUAGGCGACAAAAAAUUAAAGUUAAUUAACAAUUUUUGCUAUUUUUUAUACUUUGGGCCCCCUUUUUUUCUUAUUUUAAUAAAACAAAACUGUCGUCUAGGGAAUUUUCUGUCAGUUGGUAAUUAAUAAAUGAGAAAUAAUGCUCCUACUGAUAGACGUUGUUAAAAACGUAUUACUUACGAAAUAAAGAUCAUAUUAUUAUUA